AUGGCCGACGUCGCCGCGGUGCCCCAGGAGAAUCCCUCGCCCUCGCAGGACGAUCUCGUCCCUCCGUCCGGCAACGGAUCGGCCUCCCUCGACUCUCGCAAGCGGCCGCGUCCUGCGGCCGACGACGACGACGACGACGACGACAAGCCCGGCCGCGAGCGUCGCAAGAUAGAGAUCAAGUUCAUCCAGGACAAGUCUCGCCGUCACAUCACCUUCUCCAAGCGAAAGGCCGGCAUCAUGAAGAAGGUCCUGCUGCUUGUCGUGUCCGAGACUGGGCUCGUCUACACAUUUACGACGCCAAAGCUACAGCCGCUCGUCACCCAGUCCGAGGGCAAGAACCUCAUCCAGCGCUGCUUGAACGCCCAAGAGCCUACGGGAACAGAGAACGGAGUCGAGGCGCCAGAGGUACCGGCAGACUCACCCGAUGAGGUCGCCCAGGCCACCGUCGCUGCCCAGCAGCAGGCCGCCGCGAUACCGCCCCGUCCACUGCAUCCAGGGUACAACAUGGGUGGCAUGACCAACGAGCAACAACAUCAGAUCGCGUACUACCAGAAUCUCCAACAGCAGCAGCAACAGCAGCAGCAAGCACAGGCUGGAGGUCAGUAUUCGGGCGUGCCCGCUGGUACGCGUAUACCGCAGCAGUCCACCACCACCACCACUACCACCACUUAA